AUGCUGAUUGAGUUGAAAUCUCAGUUGGGAUUCUUGGAAGAGCGGAUUGCAACUACAACAUUAAGCUGGUCAAUCAUUGCGUCUCAAGUUGUAAUACUCGUUACCACGUCACUCUGUCUGAUCUUUAUACGUCGUCGCUACUUGUCUCCCAUCAGUCAUGUCCCUGGGCCAUUUCUUGCAUCGUUCUCCCGGUUGUGGCAUCUUCGCCAAAUCGUCGGCGGGAAGCAAAAUUUGAAGCUUACUGAACAGCAUGAUAAGCAUGGUCACUUUGUUCGCAUAGCGCACAAUGAGGUCAGUGUCAGCCAUCCGAACGCUGUCACGGCCUUGCUAUUGAGAACACUUCCGAAGGGCCAAUGGUAUGCAAUAGUCUGCUUUCCAGACUAUCGCUUCACCACACCAUUCUCCAUUCUCGAUCCGAAUAAGAAGAGCGAGUGUUCAAAGUAUUUGUCGACCGGCUAUCUUCUACACAACGUGAUCAAGUCAGAGCCUGCUAUGGAUAUCAACAUGAAGAAGUUCUUCGGCUGGAUGGACAAGUUUGCCGACGACCAGAAACCAAUGGACCUGGACAAGUUCUUUACAUAUGUCGCCUUUGACAUCACUGGCGAAGUCGUGUUCUCGAAGCCGUUUGGCUUCAUGGACGCAGGCGAAGAUGUCAACAACUCCAUUUUCAUGAAUAUGGGCAUGGAGAUGUACAUUGCAAUUUUUGGCUACAUGCAAAUAUUGCAUACUGUUUUUUCGAAUCCAUUUGUUACUUGGCUCAAGAUCCUUCCCAUGGGCCAUCUCUUUGACACGACAAUGUCGGCCCUCAAUGAGCGCCAGAAGAAUCCAGAUGCCCACGAAGAUCUUGUAGCCCACUGGUUCCGUGGUUUGGACAAGGCAAAGAAAGACAAAUCAAAGAUCUUUGAUUUGCGAUGUCUCCAGUCGUUUGCGACUGCCAACGUUGGUGCUGGGUCUGAUACAGUAUCAGCAGGACUGCAGAGCUUUAUAUACUACCUUCUACGACACCCUACAGGAUGGAAACGAUGUGUGGCAGAGAUGGAUGCUGCACGCAAAAAUGGCCAUUGCGAAGGCGAGGUUGUGUCCUACAACGAUGCCACACAACUCCCUUACUUGCAGGCUUGUAUCAAAGAGGGAUUACGCAUGUUCGCCCCUGUCUCGAUGGGAUUGCCCCGCGUUGCACCUAAAGGCGGCGUGAGCAUUGGCAACGCUUUCUUCCCAGAAGGCAUCACUCUCAGCGUAAAUCCUUCAGUCAUACACCACUCAAAGGAACUAUGGGGCCCCGACGCACGCGAGUUCAAUCCAGACCGUUGGCUAGCUACAGACGCGGCUUCCAAGGAGAAAUACUUUAUCCCAUGGGGAGUGGGCUACGCUUCCUGCCCUGGGCAACAUAUUGCCAGGAUUCAAUUGUCCAAAAUUAGUGCCACCAUUAUUCGGGACUAUGAAAUCAGACAGGUCGACCCUUCGGCUCAUUGGCAGUGGUCAGCGUGGUUUACUGUUGUGCCCCAUAGCUGGCCAGUGUACAUCACAAAGCGCAACAAGGCUUGA